AUGAGAGAUGAAAUUGCAACAGCAGUUUUUUUUGUCACAAGAUUGGUGAAAAAACACGAGAAACUGAGUGCACAACAGAUAGAAGCCUUUGCACUAAAGCUGAUGACCAUCUUGUUUGAAAAGUACCGAGGUCAUUGGCACCCUGACUGCCCUUCGAAGGGCCAGGCUUUUAGGUGUAUCAGGAUAAACAACAAUGAGAAUAAAGACCCUAUUUUAGAAAGGGCUUGUUCUGAGAGUAAUGUGAAUUUUUUUCACCUGGGACUUCCAAAGGAGUUGACCAUAUGGGUCGAUCCCUUUGAGGUGUGCUGUAGGUAUGGUGAAAAGAAGCAUCCCUUUACAAUUGCUUCUUUUAGAGGCAGAUGGGAGAACUGGGAACUAGCUCAGCACAUCAGCUAUGCAGUUAACAGGGCCACUGCAGACUGCUCUUCUGGAACGUCCUCUGAUGAAGAAAGCUGUGGCAGGGAGCCCCGAGUCAUUCCUAAAGUCAGCAAUCCCAAGAGCAUCUACCAGGUUGAAAACUUCAAACAGCCCUUCCAACCGUGGCUCUGCCUCCCCCGUAGAAAGCAUUUGGCAGAUGGUCGUGGGGGCCUCCUGGGGACUGCUUACCACCCAGUGCCCAGGAACCCUAAGUGGUGCAGGCCUGCUGGGCGCCGGGUGGACAGGUACCACUGGAUCAACACACAGUUGUACAGUGGUCAGGCAGCACCAAGCAAGCUUGAAGGAGAGCCCUUGUCUUCCCUAAAGCACAAAUGA